AUGGCUCCUGCAAGAGACGACGAGCUGUUCACAACAGCCAAUGCCGAACUUCCCACAGCCAGCACCAAAUCCAAGGUUGGAGAGGGUCGCCUCAUGCACCGCUCUUUAGUCCAACACCCCUCCAUGGUCGAAUCAGCAAGCGGUAUCUACCUGAACCUCGCCAACGGCAAGAAGGUCAUCGAUGCAUGCGGUGGCGCUGCUGUAGCUCUGAUUGGCCAUGCCAACGAAGAGGUCAUUCAAGCCAUCUCGGACCAAGCCCGGAAGGUGAGCUACGUUCACACCCAAGCCUACACCACGCAGCCGGCCGAGGAACUUGCCGACCUCAUCCUCGAUGGCAACCCACAUGGCCUCGAGAAGGCCUUCUUCGUAUGCAGCGGAAGCGAAGCCGUUGAGUCGGCCCUGAAGCUGGCGCGUCAGUACCACUUCGAGAACGACCAGCCGCAGAGAAAGCACUUCAUCGGAAGAAAACAAGCGUACCACGGCAACACCAUGGCUGCCAUGUCGAUUUCGACAGUCGCAUCACGAAAGGUCCCCUACGAGGGCUUCUGUUACCCCCACGUCUCAUAUGUAUCACCGGCAUAUCCGUAUCAAUACCAGAGAGCAGAUGAGACCGAAGAUGAAUUUACAGCCAGACUGCUCGCUGAGGUUGAGGCUGAAUUUCAACGGGUUGGCCCUGAAAAUGUCAUCGCCUUUGUUGCUGAGACAAUGGUAGGCGCUACAGCCGGCUGCGUGGCACCUCCUGUCGGCUACAUCGCUGGCGUUCGUCAGAUUUGCGACAAGCAUGGCUCUCUCCUCAUCCUCGACGAAGUCAUGUGCGGCACCGGACGCACUGGAACCUACUUCGCCUUUGAGCAAGAGGGUGUUGUUCCCGAUAUCGUCACAGUCGCCAAGGGGCUCGGCGGAGGCUACGGCCCCAUUGCCGGCGUCCUCAUGCACGAAAAGGUCGUGUCUAUGCUGAGGCAGGGGUCCAACGCCUUUAACCACGGGCACACCUACCAAGCUCAUCCCAUUGCCUGCGCAGCUGCGUUGGCUGUGCAGGAGAUUGUGAAGCGGGAUGACCUCGUCGCUCGCUGCGCACAGCUGGGGAGGCAGCUCGAAGCACUGCUGCAUAUCGAGCUUAUCAAUUGCAAAUCAGUCGGUGAGGUUAGAGGGAGGGGCUUGUUCUGGGCUGUCGAAUUUGUCAAGAACAAGGAGACAAAGGAGACCUUUGACCCUAAGCUGCGGUUCGGACUUCGAGUUCAAGAGCGGGCAUUUGAGAAGGGCGUGGCUCUCUACCCUGGCGCUGGUACAGUGGACGGCUCGAGAGGAGAUCACGUCCUGCUUGCUCCUCCAUUCACCAUAACAGAACAGGAGUUGCGUAAGAUUUGCAGCGUGUUCAGGGAAGCACUUGAGGAGAUUGAAGCGGAAAUCCUAUGA